ACAACAUGUCACAUGUCCUUCGGAGCCUUUUUGGGGGUGUUGACUUCGUUGGGUUAAAGAAAGGUGUAUUUUUUUCUGCGAAGAAAAGCAUAAUAACCAGGUGAAAAUUCAAUUUGAUAUCAAAUAAAUCUUCUCUGAAUAACCAUGGCUGCCCAAGCAACAGAAGCGGACCAGAUUAAACAGUUCAAAGAAUUUCUUGGCACCUACAACAAACUCACAGAGAACUGCUUCAUGGACUGUGUUAAGGAUUUUACCACUAGGGAAGUGAAGUCAGAUGAGUCCACCUGCUCGGAGAGUUGCCUUCAGAAGUACCUGAAGAUGACUCAGCGCAUCUCCAUGCGUUUCCAGGAGUACCACAUCCAGCAGAACGAAGCCCUGGCUCAGAAAGCAGGCUUAAUUGGACCACGGUAGAGAGCAACAGCUCUUUACAUGGGACUGAUAUGUUGCGCCAGGAAUCACCAUCCUGUCUGUUCACAACAAACCUCCACACCGCCACGGAGGGGUCCUUAAUGAAUCAGUGGACGACUAACGACAGACAUUAACUGGUCUGUGUCCUGGCCUACCUCACCUGGUUCUUUGGUGGGGACAGAUGACUGCUUAGACACUUCUAUUCCAAAAUCUGUCAUGAGCCCUCCUGGAUAAGACAGAUAAUGACAUCAUGUUAAAUUGUGAUCAAGGCUGAACGGGAUAUAAAUAUACAAAAAAAUACCCUUUGUUUUUUUGUGGUUGUGUUUAUGAAAUAGUCUGUGAUUGUACAAAUGUUUAUGAUGGACAUGGACUAUUAAUAGUUUGGCAUGGCCAUCCUGUAAGAAUAUUCUCCAUUAAGUUCGCUAACUCAGUGUCUCAUACAACUGACCGACCAUCACCCACUUUACCUUGUGCGCUAUUCAAUAAACUCAAUUAUACAGUGGCA